AUGCCAACGUUCGGCUGGCAGAGCAAUCAGAGUCCACACGCUCAAUUCAUCCGCAGUGUGGACUGGAGCGCCACGGCAAUAGGCGCACCAGAAACAUGGCCGCAUCAACUUCACCAGAUGAUAGAUCUGAUCUUGCUGGAUCCGACACCUAGUGCUAUUAUGUGGNGGGACAGCCUCACCAUGAUCUACAACGAUGGAUUUGUGGAAUUUGCUGGAGAAAAACAUCCGAAACUCAUGGGAGGAACUCCACUCGUCUCAUAUGCAGAAGUCUGGGAAGCCCAGUUCGCUCCAAUCGUACAGCUCGGUCGAGAGAAAGGCCAGGCAACCCGCCACAAGGAUGUGCCGUUAUUCUUGAGACGUCACGGAUAUACCGAGUAUGUGCAUGAUGAAUGCGACAAGUACCGGCAUACUGAUCAAGNNAACAGAGAAGUUUUUGUGGACUACACGUUUAUACCUCUCACCGGAAACAACAAAGAAGUUGUAGGGUUUUAUCAUACCGCUGUGGAAACCACAGAUCAGAACCUGGCUAGGCGAAGGACCCAAACAUUGAUCGACAUAGGUAACCAUGCUGGUGGUGCACGAGACAUGAGGCAAUACUGGGAUGCGGUGCUCAAAGGAUUCGAAACUAAUAUCUGGGAUAUACCGUAUGCGAUUGCUUAUGAAUUCCACAACGACAACGACGGAGAAAUGUCUUCUACAAAUGGUUCCAACUCUCGCUCUGGCUCUCGGUCAAGGUCCAACAGGUCUAGCUCAUUUUCCGAGUCGGUAUCCUCAUCAGGUCGGAUUACUAUUCCUAGAGCUUGCAGUCUGGCUGGUGUGAUUGGAAGAUCCAUGAUACAGGUUCCGCUAGGCUUGGAUGUUGCGCUCGAGGAACCUGGCUUCCAUCAAGUUGUGAAGAAGGCCAUCAGCUCUGGAGAGCCCGUACGCCUCGAGAUCGCUCACGAGAAGACACCGGACUGGCUCAGAUCAGACAAGCCAGGGAGAGCAUUCGACGAACUCAUCACACAGGCCGUGGUAAUGCCUAUACGACCAACGACCAGGAACGAUAGUGAGGGGCUGAACGCGAUUGGAUUUGUGGUAAUGGGCCUCAAUCCACGACGGACGUUUGAUAACGACUAUCAACGCUACACACGACUCUGGAGUCAGCAGUUGGCCACUUCGGCGGCGUCGGUGGUUCUUCUCGAGCAAGAAAACAGGCGACAGAUGCAACUCAAAGUCCAGCUUUCUAUUAACGAACUUCGGUUCACUCGAUUUGCUGAGAUGUCUAAUGUUGCCAUGUGGAUUGUGGAUCCUUCCGGAAGUCUGGUUUAUGGCAACAAAACUUGGCAUGAUCAGAUGGACAUCGCCGACCGUCAUGCGAAGUUCGACGAAGAGGGCCACCCUAUCUGGUGGGAGAGGAUAAUGGAGGACACGAAACCCGCGCUAGUGCAUGCGUGGAAACUCCUGACCGAAGAUCAAACCGCGACAAACAUCGAGAUUCGGCUGAAGCCUACUAGGACAACGAAGCAGAGCCGAUGGGUCCUCUCAUCUGCUUUCCCGGAACUAGCAGAAGAUGGUUCUCUCAAAGCGAUAUGGGGAUGCAAUACGGACAUCUCGCACCAAAAGCUAGCCGAGGAUCUCAAAGAGCAAAGGCUUCUGGACGUCCUCGAAGCGAAGCGACAGAGUGAAUCCUUCAUCGACACCGUGUCUCACGAGAUGCGAAAUCCAUUAUCUGCCAUUUUGCAGUGCGCGGACGGAGUCAACACUGCUGUACUGGAAGCUCGGCAAUCUUCUGGCAAUGAAUCCGAUACUCGGCUCGAUCGUGAGGGACUGGACUACAUCUUGGAAUCUACUCAGACUAUCAUUCUGUGUGCGCAGCAUCAGAAACGUAUCAUCAAUGAUAUCCUAACUUUGAGCAAGCUUGAUGCUCGACUCCUUGAGGUCACACCAACCGAGGUCGAUCCCGUUGAAACCGUCAAGCACGCGCUUAGACUGUAUCAGCAAGAAUGCACGAACGCAGGUGUGGAUAGCGCAAUACGAGUAGAUCAGUCAUACAAUUCUUUGGCUGUCGAUCGUGUCUAUGUCGAUCCGUCGAGAUUGCUUCAAGUCCUGAUCAACCUGUUAGGCAAUGCAAUCAAAUUUACCCAGCAUCAAGAUCAGAGAAAGGUUACAGUCACUAUCAGCGCAUCUCUCGAGAGUCCGGCAAUGAGAAGCGAUGGUGAACAAUACUUCUUCCCCAGAGCUUCAAAACAAGAACCUAUUUUUGGUGCCGACUGGGGUACUGGCGAGGACCUUUUCCUACACUUUUCGGUCAAUGAUACAGGAGUUGGUUUAACAAACGAUGAGAUGAAGAAUCUGUUCCUUCGCUUCUCGCAGGCAUCACCAAAGACUCACGUUACUUAUGGUGGAAGUGGCUUAGGCUUGUUCAUCUGCAAAGAACUAGCCGAACUUCAAGGUGGCCGCAUUGGGGUGUCUUCCACGCCAGGCAAAGGAAGCGAUUUCAAGUUCUAUGUCAAGGCCCGCCGAGCCGCGACUUCUAGCAGGCGAGAAACUCCUGACUUUGAAGAGACGGUUGCAAAGAAACCCAGACAGAGCAAGUCUUCACACAAUGGCCAGAAAGCUCCUGACGAGUCGACUGAGUUACGCGUCACACACCCCAACUACAUUGCACCUCUGAACAGGUCUCACUCAGCAUCUCAAAAUCCUAUUGUCGGUUCACCAAGCGAUGCAAAUACGUUGCACGUUUUGGUCGUAGAGGACAACUUGAUCAACCAAANNAAGUAUGUUCUUCUGAAAUACCGAAGCCUUGAUCAUUUGCUAACAGUAAUACAGGUGAUGGCGCAACAGCUCAAAAAGGCCAAAUGUGAGGUUCAUGUCGCCAAUCAUGGCGCAGAUGCUCUAUUCUUCCUAGAGAAGACCAGUUUCGCGAAGGACUGUGGGCCAUACGCAACACCACUGUCGAUUAUUCUUAUGGAUCUCGAAAUGCCAGUCAUGGACGGGUUGACUUGUAUACGAAGAAUUAGAGAGUGGCAAAAACAAGGAAAACUCACAAGACCGGUGCCAGUGAUUGCGGUCACAGCAAAUGCUCGCCAUGAGCAAAUUACCAUGGCACAAGAAGCAGGAAUGGACGACGUUGUCACGAAGCCCUUCAAGAUCUCCGAACUGAUACCCAAGAUGCAUGCACUGAUAGAGAAGAUUUCGACCUGA